CUGCGCCUGGUAUACGAGUUUCAAAUAUUUUUUCUAUCAUCGUGUACCCUUUGUUUGGCACCAUCAUUAAUUCAGGAAUCAACUUAGACAAUUCUCAGUUUGUCUGCAUAUUCACUAACUACACAGCAUUUCACUUGGUUAAACGCGAUCCUACCUGUCUGCAGAUACUUUACGAUGUUUAAUCGACUAACAAGUUUAUCAAGUCUGAUAAUUUUCUCUUUGGCUAACUUAGAGGCCUGCAAAAGAAAUCCACCAAUUGGUAAAAUAUAUGAUUUCACGGUCACUGAUAUUGACGGUAAUGAAGUUCAGUUAAAUAAAUAUUCGGAUAAAGUCUGCAUAAUUGUGAAUGUCGCCACUGAAUGAGGCCUUGCAAACACAAAUUAUCCUCAGCUUCAGAGACUAUAUACCAAAUAUUCUGAAAGUGGCCUUCGAAUUUUAGCUUUUCCUUGUAAUCAGUUCAGAGGACAGGAACCCGGGACCGAUCAAGAAAUUAAACUGCGCGUGUUGGCCAAGUAUAAUGUGACAUUUGAUAUGUUCCACAAAAUUGACGUCAAUGGCGAGAAUGCUAUUCCUUUGUACAAGUUCCUAAAACAGUCAAUAUCAUCCUGGUUUUCCAGGGAACUUGAAUGGAAUUUCGUCAAAUUUCUAGUUGACAAAAAUGGUACUCCUGUAAGUCGAUACUCCUCGAUUACUCCACCUGACAAUAUGGAAGCUGAAAUUCGAAAGUUACUUGGUCUUUCUAAUGAACUGUAGAAUCACUUAUUUAUAUUUGUCUGUUAGCUUUCUAGUCAAUUAUUAUCAUUAUUAUUAUUCUGCUUCAUUACAAUUUAUAUCAUCAAAGUGAUUGAUUGAUAUACACUGGCAAAAAAAAAUUUAUAUAAUUUAACGAUCAAUUAAUGAUGAAUGUGUUUGAAAAUCGUUUUCAACGAUGAAACACAUUCUGAUGUAUUCAUCAAAACUCUGGUAUAUGGUUUUGAUGAGAUCGUAAAAUUAUAAUUUUUUGCAUGUGUAUUAUACAGCACUGCUUCCUCCCUUAUUUAUUUAUCUCUCUCUGUGUGUGUGUGUGUGCUUAUUAUUAUUAUAAACGCUUCUAAACAAAUCUUAUUUAAUCAAGCUAGUGUUAGAUACAAUAGUGGAUUGAACAGUUGACUAUUCGGUCACUGUCACUACAUUAUACUACUUAGCCAGAAAUAAGUUUAUUCAAUGUGAAGAUGAUAUAAAUGGAUGAGUCAGUUUAUAUUAUCACUUGAUUGUUUAUGUUAUCAAUUAUCUGUCAUGUUACAUAUUUUAUUUAAUUUACUUAUAAAUCUACUUAUUUAAUUAAUAUUCUCGAAUGAAUCAAAAGAAAUCAUGUUUCAUCAAUCAAAUUGAAUUACAUCUCUGAAUUAAUUACCGCAUUAUUU